AUGCGAAGUUUGAGCAAUUUAGGCGUCUGUUUGAGCCUUGUUUCAGGCUUCCUCUUCCUGGCUCUUGUUGCAGAGCUCUACUACCUCUUUUGGCGGAAGAAGAAGAACAGAACAAACAGAGGCAGGGAAGACGGCGGCUACAGGAGCUGCUCUGCCAAAAAUCUUUUCCUUCCUCUCUUUAGCUGGAGGAAUCCAUCUUCCUUGAGUACCACAGCCAUCAAUCCCCAUGAGAUCUCUAAUCCGCUGAAGGCAGUCGAGGAAGAAGAUGGCACAGUGGAAGCAGAGCUGAAGAGGCUGCAGAGUCUUGCAGGUCCUCCGAGGUUUCUCUUCACCAUCGAGGAGGAAACCAAGGAGGAUUUGGAAUCAGAGGACGGGAGAAGCAGGAAGGGAUCAAGAGGGAAGAGCUUGAGCGAUUUGUUUGUUACUUCAAGCACUCCAUUCCUGACGCCUCUCUCCUCUCCUCCUUUUUUCACUCCUCCUCUGACUCCUAUGUUUGAGCCAUUGACGGAAGAGGAGCUCAUCAAGAUGUGUUCCUCUCCGCCUCCAAAGUUCAAAUUUCUGAAGGAUGCUGAGGAGAAACUACAGAGAAAGAAAUUGACGGAAGAAGCAAGAAAAAUCACAGAAGAAGAAGAAGGAUCUUUCAUCUCUAUAAAAAUAGGAUGGACCAAGGACAAAGGGCAACAGCAGCAUUCGAGUUCCUCCCAAGUGAUUCCAUUAACCUCUUCACCUUCAAGUUUCAAGCCACUUCGUUGAGCUUUCCAUCAAUCAUAAUCUGCUGCUAUUUUUUCUUGUUUUUUCGCCUUCAACGAAACUUUGAUAUGACUUAUGAGGGAUUUCUUCGGCUAAAGGGGUUGAAUCAUUAUAGUUAUCAAAUGGGGGUCAUCAUAAGAUCUGUUGUCACGUUUCUGUAUUAUAAUAGAUAUGUAAAUAUUUAUAAUACUAAACAAUUAUUUUACUUGAA